UUGAAACCGGAAAAGAAGUGGGAAAAUCACUUCACUUUUAUCGGCAUUGCAAGUUGCAACUACACUGUUUCUCGAUUCUCUUCCAAUCAUUUCUCAACUAUCAUAAAAAUGGUGAGCAGUUCCAAGGGAGAGUCGGCGAGCGACGCCGACAAUUCAUCUGGCGACGCGCUCGAAUCCCAGUCCAAGAGCCUCUUCUCCGAGGGCGAGAAGGUUCUCGCCUACCACGGUCCCCGCAUCUACGAAGCCAAAGUUCAAAAAACAGAGUUCCGGAAGAAUGAGUGGAGAUAUUUUCUCCAUUACCUUGGUUGGAAUAAAAAUUGGGAUGAAUGGGUAGGCAUGGAUCGGCUGAUGAAAUAUACUGAAGAGAAUAUUAUGAAGCAACAGGCCCUUGAUAAGAAAGCUGGAGUUGACAAGAAUACUAAAUUAGAGCGUUCUGCUCAAACAAAACCAAAAAGUUCUACUGAUGCUAAAGUGGAUAAAGAGGAGGCAAAGACCACAGCUACAAAGGGGAAAAAGCGAAAGGCAGACCCAGGGAUUGAGGACAACCCUGCAACAGAAAAUCGCAUCAAAAUUCAAAUUCCUCCCAGUUUGAAGAAGCGAUUAGUUGAUGAUUGGGAGUUCAUUACUCAGCAAAACAAGCUUGUGAAGCUUCCGAGAUCACCAAAUGUUGACGAUAUAUUGACAAAAUAUCUUGAACACAGGUCCAAGAAGAAUGGCAUGAUGACUGAUGUGGUUGGAGAAAUUUUGAAUGGUUUAAGAUGUUAUUUCGACAAGGCUUUGCCAGCUAUUCUGUUGUACAAAAAAGAACGCCUGCAGUACCGAGAGGCUGUUUCAGAUAAUACAUCUCCAUCAACUAUAUAUGGAGCUGAACAUUUGUUGCGCCUAUUUGUGAAAUUGCCAGAAUUGUUGGCGUAUGUGAAAAUUGAUGAGGAGACUUUGAUUCGGUUGCAGCAGAGAUUGCUCGAAUUUAUCAAGUUUCUGCAAAAUAACGAGAGCGCUUUCUUCCUCUCGGCAUAUGAUCCUAAAGCUACUGAAGGAGGUGGCAAGACGAAGGAUAGCUGAGUCGAUUGUACCGGCAAGAUGAAGCAUGUUGUUGUUUAUAGGCUCUUUAACUAGCAAAAACUUAUCGUUGUAGCAACAUAUACUCCGUCUUAGAAGAAGGAUGCAUAGUUUCCCUCAAUUUUCUUAUAUAUCAUUUUUCAUGGAGUUUUUA